AAUCAUCUCUGGGAUUUUUAUUUUUUCUUAAACAAACCAAAAACAACUGAAAAUUUUGAAAAAAAAAAAAAGUUUUUUCUUAGUUUUUGUUAUACAAUUUUGUAAAUAAGUGAUUUUUUCUCCUUCACUGAUGUGCGCUAAUGAGGCUGCAGUGAUGGGCACUGAUAGGUGGCACUGAUGGGCACUGAUGAGGAGGCACUGGUGGCACUGAUUGGCAGCACUGAUAGGUGGCACUGAUUGGCAUUGAUAGG